UCAUUCUUUUUUUUUUCUUCUUCUCCUUCUUUUUUUUCAACUCGUGGGUCUGGUUACCUGCGCUGCUUUGACACGACAGCUCUUUGAUAGAGCGUCGGCUUGUACAAUUCACUCUUUUUUUGGCGCCUUGGUUUUAAUACUUUGGGGGAGGGACACACGGAUCAAAUAUAGAAUCGCAUUCACUCCACGGAAAGCUUCGCAAGACACACUCUUUGGGGAAGCGCAAUAAUGGGCAAGCUCAUCAAGAACCACUGGGCUCGGCUCAUCAUCCUCACGGCCGCAGCGUACCAAGUCGUUGCCGCCAUCGAAGGCUUCUUCUGGCCCAAGAUAUUCUGGGACUUUCUCACAAAGACCCUCGACGGCGCCGUCAAGCCGAUACCCGUUCUGCAAAUCCUCAACCUGGUCUUCGGUCUGGCCAUGCUCGCUCUCGAAUGGCCUCUCAGUUUCAUCGCCGGCUCCGCCAUCCACCGCUCCCUCGAAGUCCGCCUCGCCAUCCUGCCUCUCGUGGCCCUGGUGGCGGUGCUCAUGUACCAGACGACGAACCCCGCCAUCUACUACAUGGUCGGCGUGGUUGUCUACUUUGUCGCAUAUAGCGAAGGCGAGAUCAUCUGCGCCAAACCGUGGACACUGCCCCAACGUGGACGUGGAGGGGCCGGUGCCAAGGCUUAAAGAGGCCAGUCGCCUUGAUGCAGCAUGGAGUGAGGGCGUUUACUAUGCAUAAUACUGUCAUCCUCCCGUCCGUUUGGAAAAGGGUAUCUCGGGGACGAUCACUGACCCGAGUUGGCACGUCAUAGCGAUGAUG